AUGCCUAGUCCCAAACGGUCACCAAAGGGGUCUCCCAAAGGAGGAAAAAAUAGCCCGGGGAAAAAAUCCUCAAAGUUUACUGCGGAGGAUCAAGCAGUAUGUGAACGUUUUUUCGCUAGAAGACGUUAUGACAACAUGGAUGCUGUGUUUGUGCAACGCGGCCCCAUUAUUACGGUUUACGCACGCAGUAUUCACUUAUACGAGAUUUGGAACAGAAUUCCGCCAUACGAACAAUUUAACUGCAGUGCAUCACCAAAGAAAAGUCCCGGAUCGGGAAAAAAUUCCCCAAAGAAAUCACCCAAAGGAGGUGCACUAGGGCUUGAGGAAGAAACGCCAAAACCAGAAUAUGAACCGGCUGAGAUAACCGGAAUUAUUAGCAUUCAUAAAUCCCACUUGACCCCGGGUAAACAGCUUUAUGCAGAGGUGAGUGCUCAUUUUCGUUACUGUGGACACUCUAAAGUUCCGCCUUAUCCGGAGAAUGUGAUUGCCAAGUGUCAGUGUUUUCGGGACAUACAGCUGGUCCAUCCUGUUAGUUUCGACGAUGAGAAGGAAGUGUCGUCAUUUAACCAACAACUAAUAUUUAAGUUACGCAAAAGCCUGGGUCGCGGUUACCGACUGUUUCAGUACACAUUCGAUUUGACCCGAAAACCGGAUUCACUAUUCUUUACUAGACCAUACUAUUCAGAUUUCAGCAGUGGCUUGUUCUGGACGUUGCGUGCCUAUAUUGCAAACGAGGAGGAUUGCCAAACGAAGCCGGAAGAAGAAACUAAGAUGGAAUUUUUCAAGUACACCAUUUGUCCGACUCUGACUCCGUCUUGUCUGCGCGAGACUCCACCCAUCGCCUAUACACGUUACUGCACGCAAGAGGACACAGGCGAUUUGCUACUACAGGCCCAACUGGAUCGUGAUAUUUACUAUCAUGGACAAGAUAUCAAAGUGAAAAUUAACAUUGAGAACAACUCGGGCAGGCAUGUAGUCAACUUGAUUGCAGUGUUCGUGGAGCAAACAUAUCGCUUAUUCCAUCAAUUCCCGCAUGACAGCAGUAUCCCUCUGGGUGAAGUGAUUCUCAGAUCUGGUGAUCCGGGUUUACCCAUCAAUCCACGCAGUAAGAAUUUCACAAAGGAUGUGCUUCUCAAACCGGCAUACGAUCAAACUAAAUACAAUUUGGCCAUUGAAGGGAAAAUGUCCGUGGAUAAGAAAGUAUUCCUAGCGAGUAGUACAAUUAUCAUGAACGCUACCCAGGUGGCUGUAGCCGUAGUAGAAGAACCAGAACCCCCAGCAGGCCAAAAAUCGAGCCAAAAAGGUUCACCAAGUGCCAAAUCUGCCUCACCAAAGGAGAAAAAGUCGCCGGCGAAAUCGAAAUCACCAAAACGAGAAAAAAGCCCUCCUAAGAACGCUCCAACAUCACCGCCGGCAACGGCUGCACCAGCAGAUGGGCCGGAGCCGAUUACUGAGCCCAGACUAGCAAUCACAAUAAACGAGGUGAAUCACCUGACAAACAAACAAGCGUGUCGCAGUGUGUUCAUAGCGUAUGACGUGGUCGUUCGACUCAAUUUACGGACUCCAGAAGGAGAAGAGGCCGGGCAUCCCGAAGUGCGAUUACCAUUUAUCUUGACCCGAGAAACCCGUUUCUUGGAUAAAUUAUCAAACCCGCCACCUCCACCGGUGUGGGGUACGAUUAAAUCACACUAA